AAUCUGUCUUUUUCCUAAUAAUCAUCUCCAAGAAUUUUCCAUAAAUGUUCGAUAGAAUUGAGGUGUAUUUAAUUGUUGAGACAUAUAUGUAUAAUAUGUAUAUAUUUGCUUGUAUUUACAUAUGCACGUACAAGCAAGAGAAUCACCUAGGUGAUGAGUAAACAACAGAGUUGUAAUUAUCAUCGACAUUAUUCGUAUUCUCGAGUGCGUUCACAUCAGCUCACUGAGCUCACGCGAAACUUUUCGUUCACUUUUGAAAUGUCCGAUAUUGCAGACGCCCUUCUUGCUCAGUAUUACGGAUUUUCCAAGAAUUCGAAACCCGAAAAAUUUUUAUCCAUCCACGAAUGCGUGAGCCAUGCGGAAAACGACGUACACAAAUUGGUCGGUGAGCAAUCAACCGCAGAUACGAACGAUGAUGAUACGUCCAAGGAAACAGAGCUACAGGCAAACAAUGUCGAGAACGAGGAGAGCAAUUCCGAAGACAUUCCGGUAAGAUCCUCGCAAGCAUUGGAACGGGAGGCACUCGACGAUGAUGAAGAAACAGGAUUUGAUAUUAUCUUCGAAGGAGACACUGGCAAUGUGUUUGAAAAUAUAAAUGCUUCCUCCAGCAAAAAAGCGAAAGACCUUACCUUAAACACAAGCAAGGCUAUCUCUACGAUCCUGGCUCCGGAGGACAAUGAAGGAAACGAUUUAUACCUCUCACUUAGCGAAGAUGCACUGGCCGAUAGUGCUUCAGAUAUUUCGUCGGUAGCAGGAAGGAAAACAUCGCCCAAGUCUUCGACUAGAUUUGCUUCACCUUCGACGCCACCACAAGAAAAGGUUCCAGUGUACAAUGAGACCUUCAUAGAUUUAGCAGGCACUGGUCUCACGUCACUGCCUAUCGAGAUGGUCAAGAACUAUUUUAUAAUACGAAUGCUAUAUUUGGAGAAUAAUAGUCUCACCGAACUUCCCAAAGAACUCUUCGCUUCUUUGCCAAAAUUGCAAUGGCUAGACGUUCGAAAUAAUCAAUUAACGAGUUUGCCUGCGAGCAUCAAAUCGCAUCCUUCGCUGGAGACCAUCUUAUUAGAAGGAAAUAAAAUCGAAAAGUUGCCAUUAGAACUUUGUCUGGUACCAAAACUCAAGAUCCUCAAUGUAGCGCACAAUCCUAUCGUUGAACCUCCGGAGGACGUAAUCGCUCUUGGAUGUUCGAGUAUCCUCAAUUAUCUCCGUACUAAAUGGAACAAAUUGCACCCAAACGGGUCUGUGAAGUUCGUGGAACAAAGGAUCGAACCAAGGCUCUCAACGAUUUUAUGUUAUCAAUCUCCUCGCGAGAAGCGAUUGAAAUUACCGAAAAUUUCGCGGCGAACGUUGAAGAGCGCGAAUAACAUCGGUGAUUCAUCGACAGGCAUGUCAACCAGGAAGAAGAGUAGAGCGUACAAACCGAGCAAUAGGUACAUCAAUAUAAAGAUUGACACUUUUUCGGAAAAUUCGGCGAAUAAUACCGACGACACGCAUAAUAAUACAAGUUUUCUCUGUGCAUCGUGUGCAUGUGCUCGGAACGACGCUGCUGCCCGAUGCAAGGACGAGAGUCACAAAGGGAGGACUGACGCUCAAAGAAACGAUGGGCAGCACACGUUUCUAAACAUGAUAACUUCGUGCCACGACAUCAGGAAAACUUGCAUUAGGAAUGAGAUCGCCGAAGUAAAUGCGAAAAUCUUACACUUGAUAGGGCCAUCGCCUAGAUCGCGUUACGUUAGGCAAAACGUUACGGGGCUGAUAACGUACAGGCAAUAUCGCGGGAAGGAGUGUAAAAUCAAGGCAAUUAGCAAUGAGACAAAGUAUAUCGCACUCGCGAAAAAAUCCGAUAACUCCGUCGCAUUGAAUGAGGGUAAAAAAAAGAACGCUGAACACACGGAGUUGGUUUUCGAUAUUGUGACAAAAGACAUGCAAAGAAUGCGGCUGCGACCGACGCAACUGAAAGACUCGCGUUGCAUUUUGUCGUGUUUGGAGAAUUAUCUCGGUAUCGGAACAAAUUAGAUACAAAACAGUUGAUUCGGUCUAGAAAGAUUAGUCUUACUUGCUAAUAGUAAAGAAAACCUACGAACAAAACUUAAAAAUAAAAUGUUGCAGUAGUUUAUUUACAUCGCUGAAUUUUCGAUAUUUUUCUUCGGGAAGAAAUUUGAUUAUCAUUUUAUUAUUUGAGUGUUAGACGUGUAAAAACGCACAGUGUUUUGUAUUUAGAUGCGAGGGUAAAGGAACGAAUUUGGCUAUGGAACAACGGAUGUAUUGGAUUUCUAAAGCGAGAGAUUUGCUCAGUGCACAAUCGGCAACAAUUCAAAAAAUUAAGUAA